AUGUCACAAUACCAGCAAGUUCCGAACACUCCUCGCGUCAUUUCACCCUCACCUACGCCAUCCGAGCAGAGCGGGAAAGAUGGCUAUUUCGCACCUACCACUCGAUCAAAGGCACAACGGAAGAGCUCGGUAGAUCCGAUACAGGAGCAUGUAGGCGAUCACGAAGAAGAUCCAGAUCUGGCACGAGCAAGAAGCAGGAGUCGAAGUCCACAUCUCGGACGACGGACAACACGAGAUCUGAGGAUGACGAUGAAUGGAGACGUCUCGUCGAGUGCGAAGACAAAUACCACAAAGACCGAUAACGCCGCGAAGCCAAUGAGGAGGAAGACGGACGAGCUGAAAGUCACGAACGGUGCACCGAAGGGCGGCGACGCGAACGGCUUCUUGUCGCCUGCAGAUGCAUAUCCCAAAGGCUUCGGCUCAGCGUAUUGGCGCAAUCUCAGCCGCAGUCCUAGUCCGCUAGGCUUGAUUCCUAUACACCGAGAAUGGCGCGCAUUCGUACACAAGCACGAAGUACCGCGAAAAGUACUGCAUGUCAGCAUCGGCUUUGUGACUUUAUGGCUGUACUCUGCAGGAGCGCAGAAAGAUCAGAUACAUCCUAUGCUACUGGGAAUCCUGAUACCCAUCUUAUCAGCCGACCUGAUACGGUUCCGCUGGCCAGAGUUCAACCGGUUCUACAUACGAGUACUUGGGCCCUUCAUGCGAGAGAGCGAAGCGCACGAUCAGUUCAACGGGGUUAUCAGCUACGUGGCCGGACUGUGGGCAGCUAUGUACUUUUGCAAGAAGGACGUGGCCGUGGUGAGCGUAUUGCUUCUGUCGUGGUGCGACACAGCCGCAAGCACGUUUGGAAGACUAUGGGGGAAAUACACACCACGGAUCAGGAGAGGAAAGAGCUUGGCUGGGUCGCUGGCGGCGUUCACAUUCGGCGUUGGGAGUGCUGUGUUGUUCUGGGGCUUGGUCGCGCCGAACACACCAAAAGCGGUGAACACCGGAAUCAACAGCUUUGCGUUUGAUGGGACGCUGACGCUGCCUUUGUACCUACGAGACUCUUUUGGCUUGUCGGAGGAACAAGCAAGCAUAAGCGGAAGUACUGCGCUGGGCGUGGUGUCUUUGGCAUCUGGAUUUGUGGCAAGCGCCAGUGAAGCGAUUGAUCUUUGGGGACUGGAUGACAACUUGACGAUACCUAUCUUAUGUGGAAUUGGCCUGGGAGCUUUCUUAUGGGCCUUUGGUGGCAGUUGA